AUGAAAUCGAAUAACCAUUCAAGUGAUGUACUCAAUUUGGAAAACAAAAUGUUGUUAUUUUUUUCUGAGCAGAGACAAUUCGAAUCAAUGAUGAGAAAACAAUGUACAACGUAUCAACUUCAGCUUUCCGAACGAGAGGAAGAAAGUAGAGUGUUGUCAGAGGAAAAUGGGAGAUUAUCGUUGAAAGUUUCGGAACUGAAUGCAAAGCUCUAUAAUUUAACGUUUGACAUUGAGGUCAAGGAAAAAGUUUACCUUCAUCAAAUUCAAAAGUUAGAAACAGAUUUUCAAUCUGCCGAAUCGAAAUUUCAUCACCAAUUAGAACAACUUCAAACAAUGAACACUGAACUUACUCAACAAAUCGAACGACUCAAACAUUUAUUGGAAACCAAAGAAGUAACACUUCAAGAAAACAUUCAACAACAAAUCUCAAAACUUUAUGAAGAAAUCGAACAGAAAGAUCUCUUACUUUCAACUCAAAUGAAAUCCUUUUCGAAUGAAAAAGCUCACUUCACAAAACACAUUCAUCAAAUUCAAUCAGAAAAUUUUUCACUCAAAACUCAGCUGCACGAUUCUGACAAGAAAGCCAUUCAAUUACUAUUACUCAUUCAAGAUUUAAAGAAUGAAACGGAUUCUCUUCGUCAAGAAUAUUCUCUCGCGUUUGAAACUCUCAAACAAGAAUUUAAACAAGUUCAAAUUCGACACUUUCAGAAAUUUUCAACAAGUUUCAAAUCAGAAGAAUCUGAAAAACCCUCAAUUUCUCCACGUUGUGAACAUGACUCCCAAAACCUGACAUCACGAAAAGCAUUCUCUCUUCCAUCCUCUCCCAAAGCUCAGAAGUCAUCUUGUCCGUUACAGUUGCAUUACGUUCCAGAAAAAAAUGGCACGAAAGAGAAAAACUCCUCUCGAACAUGUUCGUUAUGA